AGCACUUACCCAGAAAGUGAGGCAUCUGGACGACAUCCCCCACAGCCUGUGGAAAGUGCUGCUUGUGAGGCAACAAGUGGGUUCGAGGUGCUCCGCACCACUGCUACUGAAUUUUCUUUUUUACUGCUCCGCAGCAUUUGUGAAUCCAAGUGUAAUUCGGUCACAAAGGCAUUCAGGUUUGCUUUGGUGGUCCGUUGUCGGCUGUCAGUGACCACAGAUGUGGGCUGUCUGCUUUUAGUUGAAGCAAGUAUCGGUACGAAAGAGCAGGAGGGAGAGGAUGAUGCUGUUAGUAUUGAAAGCGGUACUAACACCGAACGCCCUGAUACACCAACAAACACUCCUAAUGCACCAGGAAGAAAAAGCUGGGGGAAAGGAAAAUGGAAGUCAAAGAAGUGCAAAUAUUCCUUCAAAUGUGUAAAUAGCCUAAAGGAGGACCAUGGUCAGCCUUUGUUUGGAGUCCAGUUUAACUGGCACAGUAAAGAAGGUGAUCCUCUUGUUUUUGCCACUGUAGGCAGCAACAGAGUUACUUUAUAUGAAUGUCAUUCCCAAGGAGAAAUCCGUCUGCUGCAGUCGUAUGUGGAUGCUGAUGCAGAUGAAAAUUUCUAUACCUGUGCGUGGACAUACGAUAGCAAUACAAGCCAUCCUCUUCUGGCUGUGGCAGGGUCCAGGGGUAUUAUUAGGAUAAUUAAUCCUAUUACAAUGCAGUGCAUAAAGCACUACGUGGGCCAUGGAAAUGCAAUCAAUGAACUGAAAUUCCAUCCAAGAGAUCCAAAUCUCCUUUUAUCUGUAAGCAAAGAUCAUGCAUUGAGACUGUGGAACAUCCAGACAGACACGCUGGUUGCAAUAUUUGGAGGAGUAGAAGGGCACAGGGAUGAGGUGUUAAGUGCAGAUUAUGACCUUCUUGGUGAAAAAAUCAUGUCCUGUGGGAUGGAUCACUCUCUAAAACUCUGGAGAAUUAAUUCCAAGAGAAUGAUAAAUGCCAUCAAAGAGUCUUAUGAGUACAACCCAAAUAAAACCAACAGGCCUUUUAUUUCCCAGAAAAUUCACUUUCCUGACUUUUCUACGAGAGACAUACAUAGAAACUAUGUUGACUGUGUACGAUGGUUGGGAGAUCUAAUUCUUUCCAAG